AUGGGCGGCGAGGCCUGCUCGCCGGGAUGGCAGGGCGUCGUCGCGGUCGUCGGUGCCGCGCUGUUGGUCCGCUUCGCCGUCGGGCUGGGCCCGUACUCCGGAAUGGGGAAUCAUCCAAAGUACGGAGACUAUGAGGCCCAGAGACAUUGGAUGGAAAUCACUGUCAAUUUGCCAGUGAGUGACUGGUAUUGGCCAACUUCUGACAACCGACUGGAGUACUGGGGCAUCGAUUAUCCACCAUUGAGUGCAUUUCAGAGCUGGUUGUACGGCCAUGUGCUACGGCAGUUUGAUCCAGACAUGAUUGCCCUCAAAACUUCUGAAGGCUAUGAGACAUCUUACAGCAAACUGCUCAUGCGAUGGAGCGUGGUCGUCACUGACGUUCUAGUGAUGUUCCCUGCUGCCUUUGCUGCCAUGAGACUUGUCCCUGGAGCGUCUGGCAGGGGGCAAAUAAUCGUGCUCAGUUGCCUGCUGCUGCAGCCCGCCGCCGUGAUCAUAGACCAUGGUCACUUUCAGUACAACUCCCUGAGUCUAGGGCUGGCUCUUGGGGGAGCAAUAGGGGUUGUGACGGGCAGGCAUGUGCUGGGUAGCGUGCUGUUCUGCCUGGCGCUGAAUCACAAGCACAUGACAUUGUAUUAUGCCCCGGCCUUCUUCAGCUACCUUUUGGGCUGCAGCCUCCGGCAGAAAGGGCCGGUGGCCAAGGUGGUGGCAGUCUCGAAAUGUGGAUUGGCUGUAUUAGGUACUUUCUUGGUGUGUUGGCUUCCGUUCAUGAUGCGACCAGGCGGGACUCAGCAGCUGUUGCGACGCCUCUUUCCAAUCGAACGGGGCGUAUUUGAGGACUACGUGGCGAAUUUCUGGUGUGCGUCCGCGGUCCUGUUCAAAUGGAAGAGCUGGAUGGGGAACGAGGCGCUGAUGAAGGCUUGCGGCCUUGCCACGCUCCUUGCGCUGCUGCCCAGCAUGCUCCACCAGAUUCGCUGGCCUUCCAGCCAUGGCUUCAUGUACUCCAUGGCGAACUCAGCGCUCGCGUUUUUCCUAUUCUCUUAUCAGGUGCAUGAGAAGUCCAUUCUUCUGGUCCUGAUGCCCAUCAGCCUCCUUGUGGUCGAGGAGCCGCUCGUGGCCCGGAUGGCACCUAUGGUUGCCAUGCUCUCCAUGUACCCUCUACUGGAGCGCGAUGGCCUCGCACUCCAGUACGUAGCCCUCUCUGCCGCUUUCCUGUGCCUCCCACUUCAAAAUGGGGGGCCCCGCAAAUCAGCGCAGCCGCCAGCUCAAAGCAGGACACAACGCCGUAAGAGUGGACCGCAGUGGACGGGCGCAGGGUGGCAAACUUUGGACUCUCUAGAGUGGGCGACUGCGUCCUUUGUGAUCUUUGCAGCCUUGGUUUUGCAUGCUGGGCGUGUAGCCGUACCUCCGCCAUCGAGGUACCCAUUCAUCCACGAUGCAGCCAUCGUGUGGUUCUGCUGCCCCGUGUUCUUGAUGAUGAUGUGUUACCUCAAUUUUAAGCAACUGACGAGCUUACGGGCUUGA